AUGGCAAAGUGGUAUGAUGCAGAUCAUGAGUUAAACUACGUAGAAAGUUUGGUCUUAGUGACCAUCGUCUUCCUGGAGCUUCUGUUUGAUAGCUCUUGGCAUUAUUUGUCCCAACCGGCGGGGAAGUCUUAUCGCUAUGGCGACAAGCAUGAGGAAGCCUACGAAAAAACAGAGGCUGCAGUAUUGAUUCGCCCACCGCAGCAUGUUCAGCUCUACAAGGAGCUUGUGAACAAAAUGGGUGGAGAAUUUAUGUCGUUGGGCUUCAUUGCCUUCAUGGUUUUUUGCUCAAACCAGUUGGGACUCUUUGAAUACCUGGCAGCGCGUUUGCCUUCAUGUGGCUCGAUUUCCGAUGGCUCUGAUUGUGUUGUACUUCCGUACACUGGAGUUGAUUGGCUGCAUUUGGUUGAACUGGUCCAUGUGCAGCUAUUUGUGGGCAUGAUGCUCUACUUCGUGCUCAUGUUUGGAGUGGUGCGCGGAAGUGUUUUCCGAUUGCGGCGGAUUGCCACCGGCCGCUUGAGCCGGAGCUUCUCAGCAACACUGCGCCACGCAAACAAGGACAAGGACUUACAGGAUUACGUGUGCUUGAGAGAAUAUCUCGUGGUCAAAGUGCUGGAAUGGAAGCAAACCAGACCGACACUCUUCAGACAGGUGACAGAUACUCUUGGAAUGGUGAAUCUUCCAGAUGACGAGGACAGUCCAGCAGCUGACGCGCUGGUGGAGGAUAUGGUCAGGUCUCAACUUGAGCAGAACUUUGCCUUCAGCUCUUAUCUCGCGCUGAAUGUUGAGAGUGCAGUGAGGGAUUCGAUCGAAUUGCAUGCAGGUACAUGGAUUACGAUCAUUAUCCUUUUUACAGCAUUGGCUCUUGGGUGCCGCUUUGCCAACAUUACGAUUUUGGGGACCUUGCCCGUCGUGGUCAGCCUUGCCAUUCUCGUAGUGUUGACUAUCGUAAUAGUGACGAGGUUUAGACACCGAAGUUUAGCAAAGGUGAGUCGAACAUGGAUGGAUGCUGCGAUGCAGUCCGUAAGCAUCCACCGAGUUUCGAGACAACAACCGGCCUCGGCACCGGAGAGCACUUGGAUGGCCACUUGCCAGGGCAGGGGCUAUUUGUCCUGGGAGAAGUUCUUGAUGCGAUUUCUGCAGAUUUUUUUGUUUGUAAUUUCGUAUACAUUUUCGAGGACUCUCAUUGAAUUCAAAGAUUGGCAAGAGAACUUUGAGUGGCAAGCACCGCUAGCUUCUUCUCUCGCAAUUCUUUUUUUGCUGCUUCUGUUUGUUCUUCCUGCCUAUGUGCCAGUCUUCUUGGAACUGAUGGCGUUGCCGCCCUUUCUUGACAAGGACAACUUGUCUAUCUUCUUUGCAGUCAUCGACGAAGGUUUUGCAACCAGAUUCAAGCACGAAGGCAGCUUAAAUGAAAAGAAGCGGCGCAAUUCCGCAUGCGGUGCCAAAGGCAUGGUUGCUUCGAGUACACUCGGCUCGAUGGGCUCCAUGACCUCCAUGAACUCCAUGGUCAGCUCCCUUCUGGUUCAUCGCCCAAUGAGGAACAGAGCGAAGCCGGAUCCCAGCCUUUUGGCGAUUUCGGAACUGGUCAGCGUUCUGCAGAAUUGCGAUACGAUCGAGGAUUUGAGAUCCUUGCGUGAAAAUUUGGAGGGUCAACUUCCGGAAGGACUUGAACUGCCUGAAUCUCGAGGUCCAUCUGGUCUAUUAAGUGAAUCCUUCUAG